GCUUUGCUUUGCUUUGGAUAGACAGCCGCUCUCAACCAAUGGCCUGCUGGGGAAUCAGCUGACUAUAGUCAGAACAGCGCCAGGUGUUUUCUGCCUUUUUUCCCCGUAUUGCGAUCGCUAUUCAUCUACAUUCGCGCAGAGAGGAGCGGCAGCAGUGCGGAGGAAUAUCGUGUGAGUGACAAAGCGGCCGGGUAGCAGCAAGUUGGGAGAUCUGUCUCUGCAGACCGCAUCAUGCGUCUCUGCGAUGCGCUCUGAUGGGACGCGCAGUAAACAGCCUUCAUCGGAACUCCGGAGGAGACAGGGAUGUUUGUCUGAUGAACCCAUUCACCUGCAUCUUUGUAGCAUUCCCCUUACUCUGAACUGAGGCGUUCACCUGGAUGAAGGAGCCGUGCGCUUGGAGACGUUUAGGACUGGAAUGUCAACAAGAUAAUUCUCUAUCACCAGAAUCCUUGGCUGUCACUUCUUUCCCUGACUUUGAACCCAAAACCUCAUACUUCAAGGACUUUAAGGCAUAAUCAGUGGCAAGCCUGGUUCAUGACUGUUACAAAAAAUUUUCCAAAGUCAACUAACCACCAUCCUGUCCCUUCCCAGCAUGGCUAGACGGAAGAUAGACACCUAUCCUAAGGUUUUUGUUAGCCUGGUUCUUGUUUCUAUUGUACUCUCUCAUGUUCAGAGCAAUGAGUGCCCUCAGCUGUGUGUGUGUGAGAUCCGACCCUGGUUCACCCCCCAGUCCACCUACAGAGAAGCUAUAACAGUGGACUGCAAUGACCUUCGUCUGACACGGAUCCCGGGGAACCUGUCCAGUGAAACCCAAGUUCUCCUCUUACAGAGCAACUACAUCGCCAGGACCAGUGAGGAACUGGAGCAACUCUUCAACCUGACAGAACUGGACCUUUCUCAAAAUAAUUUCAGUACAAUCAGAGAUGUUGGUCUCAUCAACAUGUCCCAGCUCACCACACUUCAUCUAGAGGAGAACCAGAUCACAGAAAUGCCAGAUUACUGUCUACAAGAUCUUAGCAACCUACAGGAACUUUACAUCAAUCACAAUCACAUCAGCACUAUUUCUGCCAAUGCCUUUUCUGGUCUGCAUAACUUGCUCAGGCUUCACCUCAACUCCAACAAGCUAAAAACCAUCAACAGUCAGUGGUUUGAUUCUACACCUAAUCUAGAGAUUCUCAUGAUAGGAGAAAACCCUGUUUCUGGAAUAAUGGAUUUUAACUUCAAGCCCUUGGGCAAUCUGAGGAGUCUGGUUUUAGCUGGGAUGGAUUUGAAAGAGAUUCCUGGAAAUGCCUUUGUGGGACUCGACAAUCUUGAAAGCCUCUCUUUUUAUGACAACAAGCUAAUUGAAGUCCCUCAGAAAGCCCUUCAGAAGCUACCUAACCUGAAAUUCCUGGAUCUAAAUAAAAAUCCAGUGCACAAGAUACAGGAGGGGGAUUUCAAAAAUAUGCUUAGAUUAAAAGAAUUAGGGAUAAAUAACAUGGCAGAGUUGGUUUCUAUUGACCGCUACGCUUUGGACAACCUUCCUGAACUCACUAAGCUAGAGGCAACAAACAACCCCAAGUUCUCUUAUAUUAAUCGGCAGGCCUUUCGGGAUGUCCCGGCAUUGGAGAGCCUAAUGCUUAACAACAAUGCCCUGAAUGCUCUGUAUCAGUCUACUGUGGAUACUCUCCCCAACUUGCGAGAGAUCAGCAUUCAUAGCAACCCUUUGCGCUGUGACUGUGUCAUUCAGUGGAUGGGUUCCAACAAAACCACGGUGCGAUUUAUGGAGCCGCUCUCCAUGUUUUGUUCAAUGCCACCAGAGGUCAGGGGUAUGCGUGUUCGUGAGGUGCUGCAGAAAAGGUUAUUAAACCAGUGCAUGCCCCUAAUUUCUCAUGAUACUUUCCCCACCCACCUUAAUUUAGAAAUUGGCAUGACUUUGGAUUUAGACUGCAGAGCUAUUUCCCAGCCUGAGCCUGAUAUUUAUUGGGUGACACCAAUGGGGAAGAAGGUUAUGACGGAUACUUUGUCUGACAAGUAUAGCCUUAGCAAAGAAGGGACACUGAGAAUUUCCCACAUCCAAGUGGAAGACUCUGGCAGGUACACUUGUGUUGCUCAAAACUCUGAGGGAGUUGACACAAAAGUAACAACGAUUAAGGUCAACGGCACUCUGCUCGACAACACGCAGCUCUUAAAAAUUUACAUCAAACAGACAGAAUCUCAUUCUGUCCUUGUUUCCUGGAAAAUAAGCUCCAGCGUAAUGGCCUCCAACCUCAAGUGGUCAUCCGCAACAUUGAAAAUUGAUAACCCUCACAUUACUUACACUGCCAGGGUACCCGUGGACGUCCAUGAGUACAAUCUCACACAUCUGCAGCCAGGAACUGAGUACGAAGUGUGCCUCACCGUAUCCAGCAUCCAGCAACAACCGCAGAAGUCGUGUGUGAAUGUCACAACGAAGCAAGCUACCUUCGCCAUGGAAAUAUCUGAUCAAGGGACUAACACUGCUCUGGCAGCAGUCAUGGGAACAAUGUUUGCAAUCAUCAGCCUGGUUUUACUGGGUGUGUACACCGCUAAGAGGUGGAAGAGGAAAAAUUAUCAACAUUCUCUAAAGAAGUAUAUGCAGAAAACCUCAUCAAUACCUUUGAAUGAGCUGUACCCUCCACUCAUUAAUCUGUGGGAAGCAGACAGUGAAAAAGAGAAAGAAGGAACCUCGGAGACCAAACCCAGCCAGGUGGACACCACACGCAGUUACUACAUGUGGUGAAGGAAGUACUUACCUGGGAGAUACAGAAACAUCAUUGUUUAAGUAGCACAAAUAUACUUACUUGCUUCUUCGUCUUAAUAUUUAUUCUUUUCAUGUUUUUAACUUUUCAGAAGGGUUUCUUGGACUGAGGUGAACAAUAAGCCAAGAUUUUCAGACCUUAUUUUACACACUUUUUUUUUUUUUUUUUUUACCUCUCACAUGUUUUUGACAGUACGGCAGCUUCAUUUAGUAUCUUGAACUUCUUAGUCACAAGGCUUUACUUUUAGCACUCAUUUUUAUGAACAAAGCAUGUCACAAAAUCAUGGAUACAGGGGAUAAAAAUGAAGAGCUGAAUUUCAAACUGUUUUCUGAAAAGUUUAUCUGGCAAACCAGACUGCAGUUUUCAUUUCUGUUGUAAAACAGUUUCACUGUUAACUGUUGUGCACUCAAAUAUAUACAUAUAUAUACUAAUUUCUUUAUCAACUAAAAUGUAAAACUGACUAAGUACAUUUAGUCUUGAUAUACUGUCUAUUGAGAAAUGUUUGGAAUUCUGUAAUGUUGUAUCAGCUAUAAAUUGAUUUCCUUUUUGUACAUUAAAAGAAAAGUACGUUUGAUUUAGACAUUAAGUUUGCAGGGCACUGUAAACCAGCAAUAGAAAUAUGAAUGUUAUAACCUAGCUAAAUAGAUGUGAGGCUUUUUAUAAUUCUUACAAUUUUUCUUUCUUACAUUGCUAGAGUGUCUACAAUCACUGUUCAAAUCGGGUUUACAACAUUAACAUGCGGUGUAAUGAGGAGAAAAUCAAAUAAAAUGUUCUUUUAAUCAUGUUUUCUAACCCAUGACUAAAA